UUUACUCCGGGAUCGCACGCACGGCCUGUCAUCGAUCACCGCCGGGAGGUCAGAGGUUAAUUUGCAGGACUGUCACCAUGUCACAAGCCGUGUCCGCUCCCGGGGGCGAUGUGCAAGACUCGGGGAUGGUGUGCGGGAGUCACCCGAAGGGUCGGCCACACUGCUCGUUUGAUUACCUGGUGAUCGGAGGAGGCUCGGGGGGGCUGGCCAGUGCCCGGAGAGCGGCGGAGCUAGGGGCCAGGGCGGCCGUGGUGGAGAGCAACAAGCUUGGGGGCACCUGUGUCAAUGUCGGCUGUGUUCCGAAAAAGAUAAUGUGGAAUGCUGCCUUUCACUCCGAGUACAUACAUGAUCAUGAAGACUAUGGAUUUCAAGUUUCAGAUGUGAAAUUUACCUGGAAGGUUAUUAAAGACAAACGAGAUGCCUAUGUAAGCCGCCUCAAUGACAUCUACCAAAAUAAUCUUAACAAGGCUCAAAUAGAGAUAAUCCGAGGUUAUGCAACAUUUACAUCUGACCCAGAGCCAACGGUAGAAGUGAAUGGUCGCAAGUACACAGCUCCUCACAUCCUCAUUGCCACAGGAGGCAAACCUUCAAUGCCAACAGAUGAAGAGGUACCAGGAGCAAGUUUAGGUAUUACGAGUGAUGGCUUUUUUGAACUUGAAGAAUUGCCUAAGCGGAGUGUUAUUGUGGGUGCUGGUUACAUUGCUGUUGAGAUAGCUGGCAUUCUUUCAGCUUUGGGAUCUAGAGCUGCUCUGCUGAUUCGCCAGGACAAGGUGCUGCGAACAUUUGAUUCCAUGAUUAGCACGAAUUGCACAGAAGAGCUUGAAAAUGCAGGCGUUGAUGUCUGGAAAUAUGCAGAUGUGAAAUCUGUUAAAAAGACUGAUAAAGGUCUAGAGGUCAGCAUACUGUGCUCAGUACCAGGACGCAAGCCAACAGUGAGAACAAUCCAAGAUGUUGACAGCUUACUGUGGGCUAUUGGGAGAGAUCCCAACACUGAGGGUUUGAACCUGGACAAUCUGGGUCUUCAGUUAGAUGAAAAAAGUCACAUUGUAGUGGAUGAGUUCCAGAACACCAGCCGAAAGGGAAUUUAUGCUGUAGGGGAUGUAUGUGGAAGAGCACUAUUGACACCGGUUGCCAUAGCAGCUGGAAGAAGAUUGGCCCAAAGAUUGUUUGACGGUCAAGAGGAUUCCAAGCUUGACUAUAACAACAUCCCCACAGUGGUCUUUAGCCAUCCUCCAAUAGGGACUGUGGGCAUUACAGAAGAGGAAGCAGUAAAGGCCAAGGGAAGAGAGAAUGUCAAGAUUUACACUACCUCUUUUUGACCAAUGUACCAUGCUGUUACCAGACGGAAAACAAAAUGCGUCAUGAAAUUGGUCUGUGUUGACAAAGAAGAAAAGGUGGUUGGCUUGCACAUGCAAGGACUUGGGUGUGAUGAGAUGUUGCAAGGAUUUGCUGUGGCCAUCAAAAUGGGAGC